AUGUCAGACCACGACCCCGAUCACGGCCCGGCCAGCCCAACCGAGUAUGACGAUGAGAGCAACCCGGCUUCUCCGGGCUCAAUCGACGAGUCGUCCGAGGCAAGCACGCCCAUGGACCCGCCGAGCUCAGGUUCAGAUGCGAUGCCUGGCUUCACACCAGAAGGCGAUCUGCCCCGCAGAGUGCCAUCAUUACGGACCAUCUCCGACCCACAACACACGAGUCUGAUGAACCCCAGUUCGAGUGUUCCUGGGACACUGAAUGCCGCACGAAGACCUGCGGCGUCCGCAGCAAAUCUCCCAACGGACCUCAUGGCAAAGGCACGAGCUCUGCAUCAACAACGGAUGAACAUGGCUCCCCGACCCGGCAUGUCGCCCCAGAACAGCGGACUGGGCAUGAGCCCCAUCGGAUCUGGUAUGGGUGGGAUGGGAAGUAUGGGGGGCAUGGGAGGCAUGGGAGGCAUGGGGGGGAUGGGGGGGAUGGGACACAGCAUGAACUUGAACAUGAACCACGGUGGUCCGGCACCCGGCGGCCUGCCCGGUGGCCUUCGGUUACCUCCAGGCAUAGCACGACCACCGCCCCAAGGCUUCCCCAAAUCCGCACCUGCUAUCGCCGGUGUGGGAGCUAAAAAGGCCCCUAGUCUGAGCGAACGGCGAGCAAUGAAGCUCGGAGGGUUACUAGGAGGGCCCGGGUCGCCGGCGACUGCCACGCCGAAACUAUCAGACAUGGGUGCCGAAGACGCCAAAGCGCCAGCCAUCAAUGGAGAAGGGCGCGGAUCAAAGCUGAGCGAUUUCAAGAACUACAUCGACGCAGAAAAGGGGUGGAUCACUUUUGCAGACGCAGCAACUAUCACACGGACAGGCGUCAACUUUGCCAACGGACAGACCUUUAGGAUCUCGCUAGACGAGGUUGAAGUUAUGGACGAGCUAGGCAAGGGCAACUAUGGUACCGUCUACAAAGUACGACAUACUAAGCCCAAGCUCCCACGUUUUGGGCAAGGCUUGAACACCAAGCAGUCUUUAUCUCGACAAGCGUCGGCAUCAGAUGCUGACGUUUCUGAUAACUCGCCACUAAGUCCUGUUUCUGCCGCUGCGCGUGGCACUUCAGGCAAGGUCAUGGCGAUGAAGGAAAUCAGGCUCGAACUGGACGAAUCCAAGUUUUCCACCAUUCUGAAGGAACUCGUAAUUCUACACGAGUGCGCCUCGCCCUUCAUCAUCGACUUCUACGGUGCCUUUUACCAAGAAGGCGCGGUUUAUAUGUGCAUCGAGUACAUGGAUGGCGGCAGUAUCGACAAGCUAUAUGCGGGAGGUAUCCCUGAGAAUGUCUUGCGCAAGAUCACAUAUGCGACGAUUAUGGGCCUCAAGUGCCUGAAAGAAGAUCACAACAUCAUCCAUCGCGAUGUCAAGCCCACCAACAUUCUGGUCAACACGAAUGGACAAGUCAAGAUCUGCGAUUUUGGCGUUUCGGGAAAUCUCGUUGCCAGUAUAGCAAAGACCAACAUUGGCUGCCAGAGUUACAUGGCACCAGAACGCAUCAGCGGUGGUGGCAUGUCAGCUGCGGGCGGCACGGCCGACGGGACUUACAGCGUACAAAGCGAUAUUUGGAGUUUGGGUCUCACCAUCAUCGAGUGUGCCAUGGGUCGGUACCCGUACCCGCCUGAGGUUUCUAGCACAAUCUUCAGUCAACUCAGUGCCAUCGUUGAGGGUGACCCUCCCGACCUCCCAAGCGAGGGCUACUCCGGCACAGCAAAGGACUUUGUCAAGUCCUGUCUCAACAAGAUCCCUGCCAAGCGCCACACCUACCCGAUGCUGCUGAUGCACCCAUGGAUCAAGUCCCUCGGCAGGCCCGAGACCAUCACGGAAGAAGUAGAAGCCGAAGAGAAGGCCGCGGACGACCAGCUCGCCGACGCCACUGGCUCCCUCGACAUCAACAGCAACGGACCGAUCAACGACCAGGGCGAUCGUGAGGUGGCUGAGUGGGUCACCAACGUCCUGGACCGCAAGUUCAAGGGCUUGCUCAGUGAUAAGGCUGAGAAGCCCGCUCUGCACGCUGCGCCGCUGGAUCAAGUGAGCCCGGCUAUCACCGCUUAG